UUGGCUUCUAAAGGUGUAAGGUUUUUAUAUUAUUUGCGUCGUCUGUAAUAUACUUAAUACGCAUUAUAAAGACAUAGAAAAUAUUUUAAAUAGAUAAUGUGUAUUUAUUUCUUCUUGGCGCUUGAUACGAUUUAAAAUUUAAUUUUAUAAUUUCUAUUUUACAUAAUGUUCGAUGAUAAACAUUUGCAGUUAUAUGUACAGAUAGAAUUUCAUCGAUGUCAAUCAAUCAAGGUUUCAUUUCAGUUAAACAAAUUUCCAGAUAAUAAAUAACUAAUCUAACAAUUUUUAUGUAAUUCUUAUUACAUGUUAGUACGAGUCCAAUAUUGUUAUAUAUUUUCUAGUUUGUUUAUGUUUCUACUUAAUUAUAUUUAUUCAAAUUGUUAAUGCAGACGAUGAAUAGUUAGUUUGAAUUUAAUACUUUAUUGCUAUUAAUAUUUUGAUGUGUAAAUCCAUUACAAUAACAAAUAAACAUGAGCCUGCACUGGACAUUAAUUGCUGGAUUUCUUUAUUUUGAAAUUGUAGUAGUUUUAUUAUUAGUAUUACCAAUUAUUUCACCUAAAAGAUGGCAGAAGCUUUUUAAAUCUAAAUUUCUAAAAAGUUUAAGUAGUCAAGCAUCAGUUUAUUUCUUAUUUUUACUUGGAAUAUUGGUUUUGUUUCUAUUGGAUGCUAUUAGAGAAAUGCGAAAAUAUUCUACAGUUACUGAACAUAAAGAAUAUCAUUUGAAUGCUGAAAUGCAAGGCAAUAUGAGAUUAUUCAGAGCUGAACGAAACUUUUACAUAGCUGGUUUCGCACUGUUCUUAAGUCUUGUUAUACAUCGACUUGUGAUUUUAAUUUCUACUCAAGCCACUCUGUUGGCACAAAAUGAAGCAGCUAUGCGUCAGGCUGAAUCUGCUACUACAACAGCGAAACAUUUAUUGUCGCAAAAAACAGUCGGGGAGAUCGCACAAAAUGACUCAAAUGAAGCUCAUGAUGAAGAAAUAACAGAAUGGAAGAAUCAAGUUAAGGAGCUGCAAGCGAAAAAUCAAGAAUUGGAACACCAGCUUACAAAAGAGAAAAAAGAUAAAGAAGCUAUAAAAUCACAAGCUGAAUCUCUUACCAAGGAGUAUGAUCGCUUAAACGACGAACAUAGCAAAUGUCUCUGUUCAAGUGGUAAUAAGAAAAGCGAUUAAAUGAUGGUUUUGUUACAUUCUUCAUCCUUUUUAAGUUUUUCUUCAUUGUUAUUUAAUAUUUGCAUCAAGUUUUGUUAUAAUGCGUAUUUUAUAUUAUAUACAUAUAUUCUAUAUUAUAUAAUAUGAUAUAUAUAUAUAUAUAUAGUAUACAUUAAUUUGUGUAUCGUGUAGUGUUGUAUGGAGGAAAAAUUGUGAAAGUAUCAAGUAUUUAAAAUAAGUAAUUCAAUGUUAUAAAAUAAUCGUCGUCCAGCGUACGUUGGGUUAUUCUUAGUCCUCGCGAAAGGUUCGUGAAGAAAAAUAUAUACUAAACAUAAUAAAACAUAAAACUAAGAUCAAUAA